CCCCCCGCCGCCGGUGGAUGGGGCGCGGCGGUUAACGGCCGCGCUGCGGGCCCCACCCCCGGCACCGCGCCCCGCCCCAGCCCCGCCCGGCCCAGCGGCACCGCGGCGGCCGCCACCGAGCCAUGGCGAGCGCGCAGACCCCCGGCGCGGAGCGCGACGGGCGGGAGCGAACGGAGGCCGUCGAGGAGCGGGGUGCGGCAGCCCGGGAUGCGGAGCCGGCGGAGCUGUCAGGCGGGGCCGGGGCGGCCGCGGCGCUGCUGGGGGACACGGGUCUGGCUGUGGGCUGCUGUAUCGCGGCGGCGCUGAGCUGGGAGCGGCCCCUCCACAGCCUGGGCGGCUUCGUCUGCGCCAACCUGCUCUUCUGGUUUGUUGCACUGACCACUUGGAGAGUGUAUCACCUGAUUUCUCUCAUAAUGCUUGGAGUGCUAAUUCUUCAGAUAGUAAAGGAUUUGGUAUUCUCGAGGGUAAAAGGUGCGCAGCUUUGGAGGAUCAUCACUGGCAACUGGAAGGUCAUCAAUUCCAGGCAAGACUACAGACCCAGGAUAAAUCAGUGCAUUUCAGAAGCACUGAUGAAUUUAUUUGUAUUUCUUCAAGAAAUGUCUCACUUCAAGGAACAAAACCCUGGCAAGUUUUGCCUGCUGGUCUGCAGUAUAUGUACAUUUUUCACUGUCUUGGGAAGUUACAUUCCUGGAGUUGUCCUCUCCUAUGUCCUGCUAUUGUGUGCCUUUUUAUGUCCCUUCCUUAAGUGCAAUGAAUUUGGACAGAAAAUGUGCAACAAAAUUAAGACUGUUCUGAUGAAACUAGAUUUUGGAAUAGUGGAAUAUAUCAACCAGAAGAAAAAAGAGAGAUCUGAAACAGCAAAAACAAAACCCACAGAAGAUGACAGUGAAUUAGACAUAUCAGCUCUGUGUCCUAAGGUUAAUCCUGCAGUUGUUGCCAAAGAGCUGUCAGUGUCUGAUACAGACGUAUCGGAAGUAUCUUGGACCGAUAAUGGGACCUUUAACUUAUCUGAGGGGUAUUCUCCACAGACAGACACAUCUGAUGAUUUUGACCGACCUAGUGAUCAUGAAGAAGCAUUUGCUAGAGAUCUUUCAGAAUUUCCUUCUUUAGAAAAUGGUGCCGGAACAAAUGACGAUGAUGACUCCAGCAUCGGAAUGCCCAUCCAGCAGAAGCAGAAAAAGGAACACACAUACUUCAAGGUGGAUCAUGCUUCCAGACAGAGUAAAGAGAGACCGUCCGCUGCAGGGCUCUCCUUGCCUUUGACCAGUGACCAAACCUUUAAUUUAAUGAGUGGAAUUGCUGGGGAUGUCAUCGCAGCUGCGGUGUCUGCUGCUAUCAAAGACCAGUUGCAGUCUGCGCAGCAAGCUCCCUCACAUGCAGCGCCUAGUUUGAGCGAGGAGACAGACACAGAGGAAGCUGAUGAUUUUGAACUGCUUGACCAGUCUGAGCUUGAGCAGAUCGAGAAAGAGUUGGGACUUUCACAAGGCCAAGAAGCAGAAUCGCAGGAAAAGAAAAAGUCUUCAGGCUUCCUUUCAAAUCUGCUUGGAAAUCAUUAACCUGGAACAUAGUAACAUAGAAGAAAUCAAAAAUAAAACACACAAAAAAAAUCAAAUGCAAAACAAAAAAAAAAAAAAGGAAAAUUCUGAGCUGUAAGCUUUAACUAUCCCUUUAGAUGUGUUGUAAUAAUAAUUUCCCUUAUGCAGAGUGAAUUAACUGGAUAAAUUUCAGCUGAUACUGAUAGUUUAAUGUUUCUGGUAGUUAUACCUUGAUGUAAUAGCAUGGAAAUGAAUUAUCUAUCCACUGUUUGGUUGCAGAUAAGUGUUGGAGGUCAGUUGUUUUUCAAAAGAGUGGGGGAGAGGAUUUUUUUAUCUUUUUGCCAACUAUGUAUUUUGGGGUCCUAAGCCAAAUCUUCCACAUGGGCAAUUUAUUUGCUCUUGGUUGCCAACCAUGUAAUACAAUUAAUGAUUCACACAGCGAGGGUACUUUAUCAAAGAAUUGCCAUGAGAUUGAACUAAAUCUCACCUCCUUCAAUCAUACUGAAAAGUAUGAACCCCUGCAGUUACCAUUAUGUAUGGUACAUCUAAUAUAGAUGAAACACAUUAACCAGCACAACUCUAGUUUAAAUAUGUGUGCAACACUAUCAAAGAACUUGAUUUCAUUCUUAAAACCUUUAAGUUAUUUUGGAUAUGGUGAUGCAUUUCCAAGUUUUUUUGCUGUUUUAGGCUUCUAGAGUUGUAAAGUGGUAUGCUAUUCAACUGACUAACUGCUGCCUGCCUUGAUAGAGUCUGGUCCUUGGCAGUAUUGCCCAUGUAGAAUCAGCCAAAUUUUUUUAUUAAAAAGUUGGUAUCAUGUAAACCAAAUCAUGUUUUUGGUUGGGAGCAUGUGAAGGGAGUUAUUGUUUGGAAUAGAGGUUAGAGAUUAAAAAAAAAAAAAAGGUAUUUUUAGGUGCCACUUCCUUAAUUCCAGAUUCUGUGGGGUUUGGGUUUUUUCCCCAGGAUAGCUGCCACCACUUGCAACAAAAGUUGUAUUGCAAGCUGAGUAUUUUAAAAUUGUAUUUUAAGAAUUUAUUAAGAAAGUAUUUGGUGAGGUCAUUUGCUAUAAAAGACACUCAGAAUCUUCUUCUUGGCAUGUAAUUUAAACAAAAAAGAACCUGUUUAAAUUAUUUGCCAGUUUAAACUCCACGCAUGCUGAGUGAAUGGCCUAGGAUCUUAAGCAGGUAACUUAACUUUUCCUAGGGCUUUUUUUUUUGUUCGCCUGUGACGAAAUUGAAUUGCAAUAUCAAGCAAUAGUAAUCAAAGAAAUAGGAAGAAGUAAAGCUAUUGCUUUUAAUGUGAUGUAAGCCAUUAGCAAAGUUGAGGGACCAUGUCAGCUGCUACUACUACUGAAGUGAUUUUCCAUUUGCUGGCAUUUGAAGAGGUGAAUACCAUCAUUUAGGACCCUCAGAAAGUACAGCAACAGAUGAUAAAAUUCUUCCACUAACAUGUAUGUGUAGGUAAACCUGUGUUCAAAGUUAACUCCAUUUUAUUUUAUUUUAUUUAUUUUAUUUUAUUUUAUUUUAUUUUAUUUUAUUUUAUUUUAUGGUGAAAAAACAGGCAGAUGGCCAAAAAGAGUAUAGCGAAACGGAAAAUGCUGAGAAUUUUUGACACUAGCUUUAUUGUUGCUUGUGCUUUUGUGUCAGUAAUGCAUAUUGACCGUGUUUGCUGUCCUUUACCAGUAAAAAAGUGAGCCUGUGCCUUCAUUAUCAAAUCCAUUACGAAGUCAGUGGAUGCUGGAUAUAGAUUCAAGAUGCAGCUUUUGAAAUUACAUCAUCUUAACAUUAAAAGCAAGUUUCUGGAAAUGAUUAAAAAAACAUGGCCAUGUCACUUCCACAGCGUUGGUUGCUAAGUUUCUUUUUUAGCUUUCCCCAGCCUGUCCUUCCCAUUUGAAAAAACAAAAACAAAAAUAAAAGAAGCUUUUCCUGGGAAAUCAGUAAGUUUAAAGGCCAUUUAAAUUUCUCAGAUGAGUUAAAAUGCUCAUUCCUUGCAGCACAAUUAGGACAAUCUAUACAGUCAGAAGAGUCCAACUUCCAAGUUGCUGGUGAAACUUUGUAGGACACCCAGGCAACUGUGUGCUUCCUCGUACAGGAGUAUACUGGUGCGAGGAGGGAAACGGGCUACAGCACAGGGAGAGGCGGGAGGGAGAGAGCAGACCUUCACAGGCUUUUCUGGAGCGGAUUGAUGGCACGGACUAGCUGGCUGUCAAUGGUGGCAUUAUAACAGCGUGCACUUUACUGUUGUUUUAUGAAGAAUACUCGUGGUCAUAAAAAUACAUAAUGCAGGGGCACUCUUCUAGGGUAACAGAGUAGAUCAAGAAGGAAAAGCAGUUGGAGGCGUUUCUUGGACUUUUUGUAAAUGAUCCAUUUUCUGGUUUCAAGAUAGAAGACAGAUUGAUUUUUCUCUGGUGCGAGUCUUUUUUUUUUUUUUUUUUUCAGAAAGAAAGAAAAACAAAGCAAAACUUGAACAAGCGAAUCAUUAAAGUUUAGGGGCAUAAUUACUUAUUUGAGUAUCUUUGGAAUUUUAUUUUUAUUUUCUCAUGGUAGUCAAAUACAUUCACGUCCCUAAAUACUGCAUAAUGGGAAGGAGCUAAUACUGUAACAUUUAGUAUUCUUCCUCAGAUAGUGGAAAGAUGUUUAAUUUUCUGCAGGAAAUCACCUCUUCUCUCCCAGAGAAGCACACAUAAGGAACACUUUGCUUGGACACGAUACAUUCCACUGCCAGCAGUUCGACAGCAAAACACACAGAAAACAUUUCUGUCCUUUGUGAGAUCCCUUGCACACUGCCUUCAGUUGGAAAUCCCUUGAGAAACCUUCACCUUGCUGUAUUCUAGCAGCUGCCACAAAACAGCAGUUACUUCAAAGCCCCUGUCACAAUGGUCCACAGCAUCUUUCCUACCAAGCACUGUCAUCGCCUUCUCAUCUUCCAAAACCGAAUACACAGCCAAGAAGAAAGGCAAGCGAGCUUUGAAACGUGCAUCUGUUCCGUGGAAAGCCUGCUGGUGUGCCAUUUCCAGUCAGAAGGCAUGACAGGCAGCAAGAGGGCAUAGAUCAGGGUGUGGAUGUACGAGCGUGGGAUAACACAGAGUAUGCUCUUGCCACGGAAUCAGUACUGCUUGUGUUACCUGCUGUGCUCUCACCCAGCAGUAAAUGGAGGAAGCAGUGUAUUUCUGCAGUAGUGGGGUUGAAGUGCGCCCCCUCCCUUGCCAUGCAGUGGCUUCCUCACACAUCCCUACGGUGUGUGCCGGGGGUGUGUUCUGUGGGAUGCAGUUCAGUCCUUCGUGCUCAUGAAAUUUCCCCUUGUGUUAGUACGUCCGAGUGACAGACAGAGGGAUCACCGCUUGGCCAGUGGGUGGCUUUCGCUGUGCCAAAUCCAGCAUACAAGCACCUGUUUUCGGCACACAGGGCUUUCUGUGUGUAUGUAUGUACUACACGACUACUUACCGUUCUUCAGUUUGUUCAGGGAAAAAAAACAUAUUCCAUGCAGAGGAGGGGAAAUCGUGUUAACCCAAAGUAAUAGGAUCUGAAGAAACACUCGUUUUACUUGGUUUUUGUUCGUUUUGCACUUUUUCCAGGCUGUCUAAGCCUUCUGAACAAUUUCCCUGUAGUCUCCUUGUCUGUUCUCAGCACACGAGCAGCAUCAACAGUCUGUAACACCUGUCCAGGUAACCAGAAACUGGAAAAUUACAAAAAUGUCUUUAUUUAAAGUAUUUUGCAUCACUUUACCUAGCCUGAUUACUAUUUUGUAAACAUGGAAUUAUUAUAUUGAUUGUUUGUAAAACCAUUUAAUAAAUAUGUGUUAGUUUUUAUCUUUCAUCA